CAAAACCGACGAGUCUAUAUAAAGAGAGUUCGUAAAAGACUUCCGAUUUACAAAAAACUGACAUAAGCCGGCUAAUACCCAACACCUUCGCUUUACAAAGACCAUUGUAUGGCUAAGCUCCUCCAAUAAAUUGCAACUCAUCAGAGGUUUAUUCUUUCCUUUGCUUACCCAGAGGAUUUCGUUCUUCCACCAUUGUUUCCUUUGAAGGGUAGAUUUGAUGCUAUUGUCUAGGGUGGUGGGUUGAGGACUCGAUCAGAAGUAGACGAUUUGGAGGGUUUUAAGCCCCACCUGCCAGCUCCUAGGCGCCAGUCUGUCUGGAAUCACAACCCCCAAGCAGAAAUAUAUCUUUAUCACUAUGAUGAGUUCCAACUUGAUGUCUGUCAUGAUGCCUCGACCAGCUCCCAUGUUUCAACAAUCUCCGUUCCCCCUGGGGAUGUAUCCGCCAGCCCUCAUGUUCCAUCCAUCCCAGCUCUUCCCCGCCAUGCCCCCUCCGCCAUCAUCCUACAGUGUGCUACCCAAUCCUUGGAAGACAGCACUUGGUUAUCCGCCAACAUCACCCCCGCUCAAACCCCACGGUUUGAUGUCGUCACCACCCACGUUCCCCGGUCAUUCUCCCGGUUCGUCAUCGCCUCUCGCGACGAAGAGUCCGCGAUCACUGUGCGUCAGAAGUUCACCGUCGCCGCCGUGUAGCCCCGACUCCGCUUCGAGCAGCAGCGGAGGAGAGAAGACCGCCUUCACGAUCGACGCCAUCCUGUCAACGAACAAACGCUCACCCUCAUCAUCCUCCCAUUCGAGUAGCUCGCGGUCGGGCUACGGCAGCGACCGAGGUUCGACGCCGUCGCCGGAUUCGUACAACUUCGUUUCUCCGAAAUCGAACUCGCCUUCGAAGAUUUGGAACGCGCCCCGUUUUCAGGCAGCCGACUUCAGGUGUGCUAAUGAUGGGGGAAAGAACGCAAGCGAAUUACACUUCGAUGAUCAUCGUGAUUCCAAACUGACAUCAACGACCUCUGCAACGAACCUCGGCAGUCAUGGAGAACAUCUGAUCUCGAAUGCGUUUGACUCUAUGAGGAACACCGAUUCCAAUACUGAUAAAAACCUGAAGCGUCUUCGCUGCGAUGAGAGCGAGUGGAACCCAAGAGCUAAACGAGUGCGCACCAUCUUCACGCAAGAGCAACUGGAGCGACUUGAGCAGGAGUUUGAUCGCCAGCAGUACAUGGUCGGUAGCGAGCGACUCUACCUUGCCGCCGAGCUCAAUCUUUCAGAAUCUCAGGUAAAAGUCUGGUUUCAGAAUCGACGCAUCAAAUGGCGAAAACAGAACUUCGAGAAACAGCAGGUCCACCUCGCCCACAUCCGUGCUGUGCAGGAGAGCCGACACGAAAGUGAUCCAAGCAGCGAAGAGGACGACGAGCAAGUCAACGACCGCGUCCCGUCCUUUUCCUCUGCCAUGGUUCGAGACGACGCUCGAAUCCGAGUCGGAUCAGCGGGAGUCGCAAACAGCGAUGCGGCGACGACCACCAGCACGAUCACCGGCAUCGUCAACGAUUUCAGCGACGAAUUCAACCAUCGUGACACGGACCGAACAUCGCCGUCCUCGUCGAAUGACACUCCUUCCUCCACCGCCAACUUCUCGGCCGCGUUGCAGUUAGAGGUGAAGAAGGUCGAAGAGCGCCUAGCGAUGAGGCUCUGCCGCAGAAACAUGGUGCAAUCAUCGUUGCCGUUGUCGUCGUCGAGUUCGUUGUCCAGCGCUUCCCAUCUCCGAUUGAUGUCAAGCAUCCGUCGAACGGAGGGUUCGCGUGAUAUUGAAUACACGAAUACGGUGACGAGAGACUAAGGUCAAAAGAACUUGAUUCGAACUCGAAUAAACUUUUAAACUGCCUUUAGAUCUUACAUAAAACUUGAAGUAAUCUAAUUCCAACAAGUUUGAUAAUGUUAUAAGGCAUAUCUACAUGUACGAAGAAAAAAACAACAUAUUUGUCCAUAUGGACUUACAAAAGAUUUCGAAGAGGAUCUAAAUUCACUUUUGGAAUGAUAACGGUUAAGGUACAAAAAUGUAACAUUGAUGUGUGCUCUAUAUUAAUUUGUCUGUUUGUGAAGAAUAGAUUUAUCUAAAAAGAGGUUGUCAUCAGGUUAUGUUCCGCAUGCAUGACGGUACAAAAACUUAUGAUUUCAUGGGUUAGAUUGCAUAGAAUUUUUUGUAACUUAUAGUGCACUUGCGUCAAUUUCAUGUGAAUUGUGUAAAAUACGGUGAUGACGGGUUCGUUGCAAUAUGCUUUAAUAGCAGAUCUUAUAGAGCUAAAGGUCUAGAAUAAUUUGUAGAGUUACUAGUAAAAGGAUUAUCAUUGUAUCGCUUCUUGGAAUGCAGUAAUAGCAGUAUGAUUCGUACAGAUGGAAACAGUUUCAUUAUUUUUUGGGCUUAAAACAAAAUUAGUCCAACAUACAUGUGGUAGAUUAUAUUAAUGUAGUAAAAUUUCAAAGCAAUUCCUGAAACAUUUGCUAUUAUCAUGAUUAUUCAUAUGUUUAUAUAGACUGAAGUGCGUCAGUCUAUAUAGACGUCCAUUUGCCUCCUGCAUUCUAUAUCAUUUCGAGGAUAGAAGAUGUAAAUAAAAACUGCCAUGAAAAGGAA